AUGAUCCGGUUCAUGGUGCUGCUCGUCACGCUGCUGGGCACGUGGUUCAUCCUGCAGACAUACUUCGAUCACAGAUGGAAAGCCAUCAGCCUGCGGAGCUGGCUCAGUGAGGCACCGGCGGGGCUCUGUGGCGGCGCCGCAAACGUGGUGGGACCCUCCCUCUGCUUCGAUGACGAGGUCCUCAUGAGCAGCGUGAAAAACAACGUUGGCAGAGGCCUGAACAUCGCGCUGGUGAACGGAACAAGCGGGCAGCUCCUCAAAGCGGGCACGUUCGACAUGUACUCCGGAGACAUUACCAAACUGGAAACCUUCCUCCAAGAGAUCAAGCACGGCACCAUCGUGCUGGCAGCCACCUACGAUGACCCCGCCACAAAGAUGAACGACAAAGUACGAGAACUUUUUGUGGAGCUGGGCAGCAGCCAUGUGGGUGACCUGCGCUUCCGGGACAACUGGGUCUUCUUGGGAGCAAAGGGGCUGAAGAACAAGAGCCCCUUUGAGCAGCACAUCAAAAAUGAUCAGAAGACAAAUAAAUACGACGGCUGGCCUGAGCUGCUGGAGAUGGAGGGCUGUGCCCCCAAGAAGAUGGAUUAG